GAUUGGAGCUGACUUGUCGAAAAAUCUGGGGCGUUCUCUAGUGAGAAGCGGAAAUAGAGGAGAAAUCCCCCGGAAAGUUUACUUUCGCUUUUGCUUCAGGGUAGAGGGAUCCGCAGCUUCAUAUCUUUGAAGUUGGAUUCCCUCAAUAUGUGGCGAUCAGCUACAGAUAGAUAUGGCUUCCUCACGUCCUCUAAUCUGCCAGUGCCUUUGAAAAGCAUUUCUGUGGAUGUCAUUAUACGAGGUUUCGUAGCUGAUGUAGUAUCAGAACUCCAGUACCAGAAUGAGGAAAAGAAUCCAGUGGAAGCCACCUUUGUCUUCCCUCUGGAUGGUGAAGCCGCAGUCUAUGCCUUUGAAGGUUUGAUCUGUGGGACACGGAUUGAGGCCCAGAUCCGAGAGAAGAAACAGGCAGAGCAAGAAUACGAUGAUGCCCUGAGUGAAGGCCGCCAGACUUUCUUGCUUGAGAGAGAAAAAAAUACCAGUGACAUUUUUACGUGCAACCUGGGCAAUCUUCCUCCUGGUGGGGAAGCCACACUGAAACUGCGCUACGUCCAAACACUAGCGGUGGAACCAGAUGAUGCCGUCCGUUUUGUCCUGCCAGCUGUCUUGAACCCCCGCUAUGUUCCUGCAGCAGGUUCAGAAGAGGCGACUGUUAAUAUAGUACACGUGCUUAAAGAAGAUCUGUCCUAUACACUCAGCCUCAGUGCCAGGUUGGAAUCCCCCUAUGGCAUCAACCGUGUAGAGUCAAAAUGCAGCCUAGAUCCUCUGCAAUAUAUGACGGAGGACCGCACUACUGCACAGGUCUCCUUGGCUGAAGGACACCAGUUUGACCGUGAUGUGGAACUGCUGGUAUAUUAUGAAGAUAUUCACAAAACCAUUGCCAUUUUAGAGGCUGGGAAGUCUGGAGCUGCCCCAGGUUCGCUGAUGGGGGACCCAGCCCUUCUGCUGACCCUGUACCCCAACAUUUCAGUUGUCACGCCAGAUCAUAGUGCUGUUGGAGAGUUAAUCUUCCUGCUAGAUUGCUCUGGCAGCAUGGGUACCAGUAUGGAUAACAAUGAUGGCUCACCAUCAUGCAUUCAGAGUGCCAAGGAAACCCUGAUUUUCUUGCUAAAGAGUCUCCCUCUGGGAUGUUACUUCAACGUCUAUGGCUUUGGCUCUACUUAUGAAUCAUUCUACCCGCAGAGUGUGGAGUACACCCAGGAGACCAUGAGCACUUCUAUCCAAUGUGUGAAGGAGCUGGAUUGUAACUUGGGAGGCACAGAGAUAUUAGAACCCCUGAAGGCUAUUUACAGCCAGCCCUGCCUUGAAGGAAAUCCUCGACAGAUCUUUGUGUUCACUGAUGGAGAGGUGUUUAAUACAAAUGAGGUCAUUGCUGAAGUUAGGCGUAAUAGUGGCUCCCACAGGUGCUUCUGCUUUGGAAUUGGGGAAGGAGCUUCAACGGCUCUGGUCAAAGGGAUUGCUCGAGCUGCUGGAGGGAGUGCUGAAUUCAUCACUGGCAAAGACCGCAUGCAGGCCAGGGCUUUGCAAAGUCUGAAGAAGGCCCUUCAGCCAGCAGUGACAGGGAUCUCUCUGAGCUGGGAGUUGCCUUCUGGCCUUGAGGCCAAACUUGUGGGGUCAGGCCCUCAGUUCAUUUUCCAAGGUCAGCGCUGCCUCAUCUAUGCCCAGAUCCGGGGCCAAAUUCAGACGUCAGGCUCCAUGGAGGGGACAGCCGUGGUUCGGUAUAAUUUCCAAAAUGAGACUCCGACAGAAACAACGAAGUUCUCAUUCCAACUUGAGAAGACAGACAGGCUCCCUGUUCACCGUCUGGCAGCUCAGGUGCUGUUGCAGGAAUUAGAAGAAGAGAAGAUGGAGGAAAAGCGGGUCCUGGCGCUAGAGACAAGCCUGAGCUCUGGGGUGGUGUGUUCCCAGACAGCUUACGUGGGUGUGAACAUGGAGCUGGGCAAGCCAGUUCAAGGACCUCUCCUCCACCGAGAUGUCCCCCUUCCAGGAAUGUUUGCAGUUUUCGGGGCGUCACCAGGAUUAUUCUACAAUGCACUGCCAUCACCAUGUACAAGUCAAGGUUUUGGUCAAUUUCAAAUGGAAGAAGAAAGUUUGAGUCUCAUCCAGCAAGAUAAUUCAGAUGAUUCUGAAGGUGACAUAGGUGCCUUAGGAAGAAAUUGUUCAUGUAAUAAUGAUGAAGAACAAUUAUUUGAGAAGGAAUGUGACCCUCUAGAAGUCAUCAAAAUCAUGUCUACGAACCCAAUUCCACAGUUACAGAUGUACAAGCUAGCUUGCGAAUUUCAAGAGGAAGAAUCUCCUCUUUUGAAGUUGGUAUCCCUGCAAAAUGCAGAUGGCUCCUGGCCUCAUGGGCCUGCCCUAGCUGCCAUACUAGACCUGAAUGAGGCUGAGAUCUCAGGCAAAGCACCAGCCCAUGUGACCCCAGAUAUAUGGGUAACAGUGCUGGCUAUUCUCUGGCUUCAUUUGAAUGCUGCAGAGCAGAAAGAUGAGUGGGAGCUGCUGGAAGGAAAAGCUGUUCAUUGGCUCAAAGUGAAUGCAGAAGCUCAGCUGGCUGAGUGUGUGAAAGCUGGUAAUGCAGUCCUGGGAAGCAGUGUGAGCCCUCAGAUUUGGGGGCUUUGAGUUCAUGGAGUUAUCCUAAGCUUCAAAUGGAAAUGUCCAAUUCUGCUAUUGCUGAAAUUUGAUUUGCUGACCUCACCCUCAGGGAACAUUAGCUAUCCUUUAAAACAGCAACCCCCAACCUUUUGGGCACCAGGGACCAGUUCCGUGGGGAAAAAAAUUCCAUAGCAGGAGGGACAUGGCUUUGCAUACUACCUAAUACCGUACAUGCACGGAUGAAGCUUCACUCGCUUGCAUGACCCAGUUCCCAAUGGGCAGAGGAUUGGUGGCCGUCCGAGGCCUGGUGGUUGGAGACCCCUAAUUUCAGCUGGCUUGUCUGCAUACUUCCUAAGUUCUAAUAUAUCUCAAUCUGUUUAAUCAGUACAUUAUCAGACAAGCACUCUGUUUAUAAACACAGGUUUAAUUGUGAAAUAGAUACAAAUAUAUAUCAAGUCAAUUGGCAAGGGGGGGGAAAUCUUUCAUAAAAAGCAUGGAAAUGAAGGUUUGUUCCUCAUCUGCAAAUUUUAUCUUUUAAUUUUCAGUUUAAAUUCUGUAAUCUGAGCAGUGCUUUGGAACAUGAUCUCUUUGAAGCAUGAAAUUUUAGAAGGACUUGUUUUUAGCAAAAAAAGAAAAAAGAGAUGGGCAAAGAGGGGCAUGAGCUUCUUUACAUGACAACAGUCACAACAAAACUGCAUAGUUGGCCCUUUAUGCAUUUGACUUGCUCAGAUCAGGUCAACCUAAGAGAUAUGGUCUGAUGGUAAUUAAGGUAUAUUCUUUCCCUCAAGGGAAAUAUGCCAAUUAACAGCUGAAACCAUGAUUCUAAUCUUUUAAUAACUGCCACUAUGAAUAAAGUACAUAUAUAGGCUGUAUUCCUCCUGAACUGCUUAGUUAUGAAGUUAAUAGAUUUUUGGAUGAUUAGCUAUCAAAUCUAUGAACUCCCAAGCCAAGAAGGGAUGUUCCAGCUUGACUGUUAAGUUUUGGGAAAACAAAGUUCUGAUAUCGUUACAAAUAAUGCUAUGUAUUAAACACUGAAGCAAACAAAA